CAAAAACCCGUCGCUCCACACUUCUUGCAUGCGAAGAUCGCCGUUUCUCGUGGUUUUCCGACAGAAUUAUAGAAACCAUGUCGACUAAGCCGAGUUCUAAAGCAGCCAAACACUCAGCGCAAGGUCAUGGUGGUAAGAAGGGGGAAACCACAGACCCACACAUCAGUAGAGGAGGUGAUGCAUCAUCCCCUACUGGGUCUAUGAUGAGUGGAGCAGGAGAGGGUGGAAGUAUUACAGUUCACCCUCUUGAUGCCGUACUAACCGGAGACGAGAUACAAGCUCUUAGGAUCACCGAUGAAAAGCUGCAAAAGCUUCGUUCCCCUGUAGAAUCUCCUGCCUCGUCCCACCAUCUUCCUCCAAAGCAAGUGAUGGUGAGGAGAACAGGGGCUCCUGCCGACUUGCAGUCCAGGAAGAAAAGAGUGGCAGUGCUGCAUCCAGUGCCAGCUGGUGUCAGUCCACAGGCCACGAGGACCCUCCAACUCGGGCAGAGAGUAAAACGAGGCGACCUCUCUCCACACCCCAUCCUGGGCAACAUUGGAGAGCACAGCACUAAACCAAAGGAAGAGCGUCUGCCACCCCCAACAGAACCCCAUCCUUCUCCCCGACACGCCAUUUCCUACCAGGACACCAUUGUGCCCAGGGAGACACACGCUCUGCAGUACUGGGAGGAGGCGAUGGAGGACAGGAAACUGCAGCAAGACCACCUCUCCAGAAAGUUCCGGAAGUCUCCGGAGAGACUGGCCAUGAACCAGGGUGAUGGCUACAGACCAAAGCAAGAACAGAGGAUGCAGAUUGAUCAUGCCAUACCACCACUGGACUAUGGGAAAGGAUAUCGUGUCGGAAGUGAAUUCUGGAGUCAGUCUGUCCCUAUUGGGAAUGCUGAGACUGGAAUCAACACGACUCUAACUCGCAGUGAAAAGGGUCAGCCCCUUCCUCUAGAACUCAUUGGAACACCACAAACUGUUGGAGUAGAAAAAGGCUUGGUGAAUGCUGAGAAGAACGCCACACUGUGCCACACAUGGCAGACCACUCCUUACCUGUUGUCACGAAGCCAGCAACUCCAGUCAACUCUCACCCUUACAGCUCCUGAAAUCACACCUGACAUGGAAGAGUUGGAGGUGAUAGGACGCACACCCCACCCUUCUCCCUUUGUCCCCCAUGACACCAGUCUGGACUCACUGGGGGAAGAAGAGACCUACAGCUGAAGACAGUCUGAGUGGGAACGAAGACUUCGCUCAUCCUUCCAACCGGAUGGUGUCGCAGGAUGUGGUACCAGAGAUGUUUCCCCAGUCUCUGGAGGGCCCGGCACUAAACAUCAGGGACCACCUCCUCAAGUGGGAGAAAUCUCACGUACAAACCAGUCAAACUCGCUCGGAACCAGUUGAAUUCAGGCUGAUGUUUGAAUCGGGCGUGGAGGAGGAGGAGGUGACGUCUUGUCUUCCGAUGGAGAAUUGUGGAACCACUGCCAUCUACUACUCUUGGAAGCGUUUCGUGCAGCCGAACCCACUUCAGACAGUGCAGGCUGGGGACGUACAGCGAUUCUAUUUCGACACGAGAGGAGGUGUGUUGCUGCCAGGACAAGUGCAGUCCUUUCCAUUCGUCUUCAAGUCAACCAACGCUGGCAUCUUCACCGAGGUGUGGGCUCUGCAGACGUGCCCGCUCUUGGCCGGAGGACAGACCAUCAGGAUCACACUGAGGGGUGUCGCUUUUCAAGAAGAUACCAACAAACACAAGAGGGAAGAUCUUGAAAGAGAGUUGAGUCACAGAGUGGCAGUCGUGGCAGCCGAGAGACUCGUCAAACAGAUUGUCAACAGCAUUGCCACACCUCCACACAGCUCCCCACAACUCCUGGACACCCUUCCCGAAGAGGAUGUGUUCAGGAGUCAAAAUCCACAUAGACAAAACUGAUUUCUUUUGCCCACAGCUCUACUACCAUUACAACGUGGUACUGCAGUUGAAGGCACUCUAUGACGAGAUCCUCCGUCCAGAGCUAACAGAAGACGAAAACCCUCCGCCAUCGGUCGACAGUGGACCCUCAAAGAAAGAGAAAGGGAAGCAGGCACCAGCGGGAGGAGGAGGUGGGAAGAAAGAGAAGGAGAAAGAGCGAGGGGAGAGCAGCGGGCAAGACAAAAAGGGGAAGACAGUGAAAACAGAACCCUCGGAAAAAGUAGAAAUCCCCGAGUCACCCAAACCAGUGGAGAAGCCUGUCCCUGACUGGGAUCUGUCCACACAUACCCUGCUAGAGGUGGUGUUGGGUAUAGAGGAGGACCAGAGAAGAGAAGAGAAACUGAAGUUGUUGAGUGACUUGCUGGGAGAACUGUCUUUUCCUCCUCCAUCUCUUCCCCGCACAUCUUCCUACUCUCUAGUCUACCAGUUGGUGAGUGAGGCGGUGGAGCAGGUGUCCGUCUCUUCACAGCGUCUCUGUAAGGCGAUGGGGCUACCCCAGAGGGAGAGCUGUCCGACCAAGAGCUCUUUGACUGCCGCUGACGACGACCAGCUCCCUGGGAACACCUCUUCCUCAGGUCAUUGAAAAAAUGUAUAUACCUUUGAGGUUUUUAGUGGGUAUUUGAAUCGGCCUUAGUGGGUAUUUCAUUUUAGUGAAUCGGCCUAUAUAUUAUGGCAACUCUUUAUAAUAAUACGUACGUAAGUAGAAGUCUAGCCUAGGUAGUGCAUGCAUGUGUAGAGUCAAUGCAAUUACGCACACUCGCACACGGCAAAAAUAAC